GAGCAAAUAGCAGCUAUAAUGGUCUCUUAUUCAGAGGCUCUCCUGCACUUGAUAAAAAGCUCCAAGGUUGCUCUCCUGUAACUGAGCUGAAUCAUUCAUCUGCCCGAGGAAGAAGGACAUGUUCUUAAUGCUUGAACUUAUCGCCGGAACUAAUGUAAUUAAGCUCUCGGAUGUACGGGAUAUUUCGCAGACGGACAGGUCCCACAGUGUAAUGUGUUCGACGGCGCUCUUGCAGUCAGCCCGCGUCUGGAUAUAAAAUAACUGCAUGCAUUUGACUCUUAAACUCGUCCGGUACGAAGGUAUCUCAGGUUUGAAUUGAAAGGAAUGGAUGAUGAUACACAAGAUCAGGCCUUUGCUGAGCUCAAGACCAGACCCCUUGGAGGGUGGGGUGUUGCUCAGAUAGCUGCUGGCACUGGGCUUGCUGUAUAUGCUAUGUGGGUGGGAAUCCUGCAGCCUGGCUUCCGAAAAGUCCCCUUGAAGUUACAGAAGCUCUUUAAAAUCUUACAGGUCCCAUACAUUCCUGCCAGCAAAGCUCAAGUAGGCAAUGUAAUGACAUUACUGAGGGGUCGAAAGGGAGGCCUUGUUGAUUUGGGAUCUGGUGAUGGCCGCAUUGUCUUGGAAGCCCAUCGGCAGGGUUUCACUCCUGCUAUCGGUUAUGAGCUCAACCCCUGGCUUGUUCGCCUGGCCCGCUUUCACGCAUGGAGAGCAGGUCAUCAUGAAAAAGUGUCAUAUCGACGAGAAGAUCUCUGGAAGGUUGACUUGACAGAAUGCAAGAAUGUCACAGUGUUUUUGGCUCCUAGUGUGCUCUCAUUAUUGCAGCAGAAGUUGCAGGAUGAGCUUCCUGAUGAUGCCUUAGUGGUAGCUGGUCGUUUUCCCUUCCCUGACUGGACACCCUGCAGGAUUGAGGGACAAGGUGUAGACAGAGCUUGGGCAUAUAACAUGCAAGCACAAAGACAGCACACCCUCAAGAAAAAUGACAAGCUGACAGUCACAGAAAACAACAGAGGACUAACCAUGGAGAAAGGAUCUACUUGAAGCUCCAAGGAUGUUUCCAGUCUUUUGCCCUUAAUAAUGGGAAGAAGGAAUUAUACUGUAAAAUCACAAACGUACUGCUUUUGAGAUGUAAAUGUCCUUCACAGGACUAUUUGAGGGUGUUUUACGUAACUUGACUGCCUGAAUACUUUGUGACUACAUCUAGAACGAGAUGUGUAUGACAUACUGUCAUUUCUCUCCUCUCCACUGUGAUACAGUGACAGAGUACAGUGAUCAGCAAGGAUGCAUAUUUUUGCGCAAAUCUUCUUCUUGAUGGAUUUCACUGGUUAUCAGCAAUGUUUGAACCACAUUUGAACCCAAAUAUCCCAAAGGUUUUUGUUUGCAAUAAAGGAAAACCUCAUCAUUA